AUGGAGUUUGUUCAGAGUUCAUGCAAAACUAUUGAAGUCCAAAAGAAGCUUCAUGCAAAAAUCAAGAUUGUGAAAACUGAUUCUCUUCCAUUAAUUGAACUAGGAAAAAUGAAAUCUUACAUAUUGAACUCCAAAUCACAAAGAAUUAGGGAUGGUCUCUUGGAAGUUGCGGUUGUCUUGUAUCAUGCAGAGAUAGUUUUCAAAUGUAGUGGCUUAUUGAUGCUCUUGAAAUUAGAUGUGUGUCCAGUUUUCCUUCUACGACACUGCAAUUUAUGGGGUUGUUAUUUGCUACCUGCUGCAGAUACAUGCCUUUUACAAUUGUUGAACAACAGAAGAUUUGGGAUCGCUGAAGCCGGCAUAGGUGGUGUUCAUAGAGCUUUGUUGUCUGAAUUGACAGGUCUGCAACUUUCAAGCAUCGAUGAGCCUCAAACUAGCGCAUAUAAGGUACAAAGUGAGAUUAGAACAAUGAAACUCCUACAUCAUCCUAAUAUUGUUAGAAUUCAUGAGGUUAUUGGUACAAAGACAAAAAUAUACAUUGUGAUGGAAUAUGUAUCAGGAGUUCAAUUGUUAUAUAACAUGUCUUACGCCGAUAAGUUGAAUGAAUGUGAGGCAAGAAAAUUGUUCCAGCAUCUUGUUGAUGUCGUCGAUUACUGCCAUAACAAGGGAAUUUUCCAUCACGAUUUAAAGCCGAAAAACUUGCUCCUUGAUAACCAGGAAAAUCUCAAAGUGUCUUAG